AUGUCUGGAAGCGAUGAAUGUCCAAAUCUUCUGGUUCCUUCCUUUUUGCCAAGUGGAGACGUACUUGGUUGGAAUCUGACAUCAGUUAUAAAUCCAGUCACCAAACGAAAGGAAUUCACGUACACAGUAUCUGUUCAAACUGUUGGAGCAUUCGGAAGCUCGGAAAAUGCAGAAGGCGUUGUAAUGAAAUGUGAUGGUCCGUGUGGAAACCCAACUCCAUCGGGAAAUCUCAUCUCGAUGGGAAAGUGUGAUCAUAUGUUGUGCAAGGCUUGUUUCGGAAUCGUCAAAAAUCCGAAUGGUUCAUAUGGAUGCUCAAACUUCUAUUGUUGGUCUGAACCACAAGCAAACUUCGGAAAGGAAAAGGCAAACUACAGUAAGGUCAUCAAUAAGCAAAUGUAUCGUGCCCGGAAGUUCAAAAAAGAUGGGGAGGAUAUGAAGGCUUGUACCAAAAACGAUGUUCCCAAAACACCAGCUGUGUCAUCGGAUUCGGAAGCCAACUCGAAGAAAUCGUCUUCUUCCAAUUCUGUCACAUCUUCAUCUUCUGUUGAUCCUCGUUCACCAAAUGCUGACUCAAAUGGAAUUCCUAAAUUCUUCUGA